GGUCAGUUGGUCAGUAUCGACCGCACGUACCUGGCGUAAAUUGUAUACGAGGGACAUUCGUCGCAUCGAUUAUUUCGCAUUUGUGCCGUCUAGACUGCCAUCGUAGCCAUGUCCCUUUCCGCGACGUAAACUUGAUUCGUAAUUCGUAUGUUUAAAAUGUAUUCGGUUUUACGAGGCACGUGGUAAACGAUCGUUUCAUCCGUUGCACAUCAAGUCUGAGCAAAAUAAUCAUCUUCUUGUGAUAGAACCCUUAACAAUGAAUAGAUUACCACUGUUUAAAGCGCGUUAUUCAAGUUUAAACACCCCAGUUAAACCCGACAAACUCCCAUAAAAUCAGCAGCCAUCAAUCGCACAGUGAUAACUGUUGUUAAUCACGAGACUUUUGUUACAUGUAAAACAAAAUGCACAAUGAUUCAAACUUUUACUAAUGCAUCGCGGUUCAAAUUUAUCGAGCAACAGGAUCGUUUCUUGUAAUGGGAAUAUGUUUUUACAGUGGCAAGUGAAGUAUACGGAUGUCCUUAGUUAUCACUGUGUAAACGACUCAGUGGGUAUAAUAAUUUGUGGCUAAUUUUUAAAUUCUUUUUGAGUAAUUAAACGACCGUAUCAAUGAUGCUCAAACGUGUCUGAAGUAAGCAGAGGGAAAAGUGAGUCUGUACAAUGGCGCGUCCGAUAUACGAAUGCAAUUUCGGACUGCGUAACGAGAAUUACACAGCUAGUGGUCCGAUAUUUUGUACGAUCAACAAGCAAUACUGCUGCAACUCACAAUGCUGCCUUGUACAGCGAAGACCGACUCGCCAGCUUUGGGAAGCCUGGUACUUUUGGCUCGGACUCGCUUUGCUCGCUCUAUUUCUGCUCACAUCGGUAAGCAGCUACCUCGUCAGCAGCUGCAGGCACAAUCUUCACGCGGCUCCGUUCGGCUUCAGUAAUCAAAGAUCUCUGUCGAGAGACGGACAAAACGGCGCCAACAGUCCAAAUCAGAUAUCCGUCAACGUGAUCGCAACACCCGAGACCCUUUCCCCCCAUAGAAAAAUGGUUCUAGUCGCACCGCGGGCGAGUCUUACACACAUGACGCCAGUCGUCGCCUGAGUUCUUCGCGUGGAGGAAUGGCAGCUAUACAUACAUACUAUAUGGUAUAAGCAAAUGACAUUUUUGUUGCACUUAUCGCGCUCUCCCAAAAUCAAUUACAAAUUUAUACUGCAAUUACAUCUGUAUACACGAGUCCUUGCAGCGCACUCGAGGUGAAGAGAAUGACAGAUUUAUUACAGCUGCUGAAGUAGUAACGCAGUUUUUCUUCAAUCACAUCUACUGCCUACUACUCAAUCUAUUAUUAUACACUAUCUCUCCGUCCAUGCGAAACGAAGGUAUGUUCAUUAUUGCAUCACAGUGUGUAGUAGACAAGGAAUAGUAAAUGUGCGUGCGCGCGCGCGCG